AUGGACCCCCCACCACCACCACCUACCGCUUCGAGCUCCCCACCGUCCACACCAACAUCACAAUCCUCCACACCCUCCGCCAGCCGCACAGCCCUCGCCCGCAAGAAGAAGGCCAUACGCUCCAACUUCGACGCGCAGUAUGAUCACCUCCUCCAAACGGUGAUAAAGAACGACACCGGCUCGACCACUCGAGAUUGGCAGCCUACCCAGUCCACUCGAAAUCCUAGCUCAAAAGCGUCCGAGGCGGCCUACAAGGGCUGGGUGAGCCGUAGAGGUAUCACACCAGCUAUCCCCUCACCAGCAGUACCAGUAGCCUUCCCAGCGCCGCAACUACAGCCCUUUCAGCUCCCAAUACCAACACCAACACCGCGGGCCCGCGGACUAAGCUACGUCCCCCUACCAGCUGGACAUGGAGCCUUGGGUCUUGUCAGAGGCGCAAACCAGCCCAUCGGGGCCAAUGAGCAGGACCAGAAGCUUUCGGACGAGGCACAGGCUCAAAGAGCCACACUUGUCAUCGAGGCGGAGCAGGAGAGGCAGGCGACCAGCGAGAAUGCAGAAGAGAACGAGGAUGCCGUGCCGGAGUCGGACGCCAAGUCGGACGCCAAGGAGAGCGAGGAGAGUGGUGUGCCGAACGGGGAGCCAGAGAGGACAGAUGCUGUGAUGGAGGAAGGCCAUGACACCUGA